AAUAAGCAAAAGAAAAGUCAUAAUUUUUCCUUGAUUCGUAUUCGUAAUUGAAAAAUAAUUGAUUUUCGUGAAAUUUUCCAAAUAUUUUCUGUAAUUUUCUUAAUGCUCGCUUAAUAUAUAAGAACUAAAGUGUGUAUUUAACCCUGCAAAAUGUAUUCAUAACCCAAUUUGCCCUAAAAAGUGAAAAUAAAAACAUUCAUAAGUUAGUUUCUCCAUUCCACUCCUACGCAAUGAGAAAUGGACAACAAAAAUGAAAACAAAAGAACUUGGAACUCGAACUAAACAACAAACCUUGCAUAAGAAAAAAUAUAUAUAACAAAAACUAAAAAGAAAGAAAAAACAAAACAAUUUCAAGGUUGAACGAUGCAUCCAUUUAUAAUCUGCCACAAUGGCAGAGAUCUGCGAAUAAGAUGCCUCGCCGAUCAGGAAUUGGGUGCUGUAAGUCGCAUUUGUGCGACGCAGAGUGAGAUCUAUCUGCUGAGUCAUGGAAUUAUCUAUCAAGGACCGAUUCCCACUGCAGCGGGUGAUGACGAACUCAGCCUUGAGGUGAUGUUUCGGAGCAUAGUCGAUAUGGAUAUGUUUGAGGAUAGAUUUUACAUUGUCGACACUUCCGGGAUGGUCCGUUCGAGGAAUCCAGAUGGUAGCUGGACAGAAAUCUCCUUCGACCCUCUUGAGAUCGCCGAGGAACGGAUCAGGAUUUCGCGAGUGAAGUGCAACUCUCUGGGGGCUGUUUUCGUCACCGAUAAACGCGAGGUGUAUGCAAUGGGUGCAUGUGGAGAGCUCUUUAACUGCCAGCUUCCGAUUCGCCUCAAAUGCUUCGACAAACCCGUCUUGGAUGUGAGUUCUGGGGAUGACUUCUUUAUAGUCAUAGUAGAAAACGAAUAUUGCGACAAGGAGGGUGAACACUUUGGCAGGAACUCGCAGAGAGCUGCCUCGAAUCGUCCGGGAAACUCCUCGCGCAUGGAACGCUGCUCCGAGAACUCGCUAAGUAGCCGAGAAAGCGAUGCAGCGAUGUGCCUCGAAGACAACAUUCAGGACAUCCUUCGCUGCGGCUAUGCCCUCCUCCACACGACAGUGUGCUCGUUCGGGGCCUCCAACAACGGAGUUCUCGGAACUGGGGACCACAUCAAGCGACCUGGGGUGAAUCAUGUCCUGAAUCUGUGCGAAAUCGGAGUGUGUGCGAUUUCCGCCGGCAGGGAGCACUCAAUUGCGCGGACUAUCGAUGGACGCCUCUUUCACUGGGGCCUCAACUCUCGACAACAGCUUCAGAAUGGCAAAACAGAACUAAGUUCUCCGGCAGAGCUGCGCCUGGACACUGUGUCCGUUGAUUCGAUGGAGUCGCACGUUCUGGAAGCAUGUUGCGGAGAUUACCGAACUGUCAUGCUGAAAUUGAAUGGCGAGCGUUUGGAAAAGGACAAUGGAGAUGUCAUGAAGCGUCAUCUGCUGGCAAUGCACGUCUCGAACGUUCCUCAGAACAUUCCACUGAUCCUCACAGCCAGAGAAUUCACGCUCUACAACAACUUCAAAUUCCAGCAAGCUUACUAUCCAUUCCUUCUGUCCCUCCAGCAGUGUCUGCAUCUCUGCCAGCGCGGCAGAACAGUGGCUCGGUCGCUGCAAAUGCUCCAACGAACGCAAACUCAAUUCGUACAAAUCCGUCAUUGCUAUCUGCAGCUUCUCUACACACUCUUUGCCUGCUGCAAGUCUCUGGAGAGCUUCUAUCGUGGGGACAGUCUUUCCUUUAAGGAGCUCCUUUGGCUGCGAAACACCAAAGAGGUUAUCAAAAUCUUCGAGGACUACACGAAGGCCUUCUGUGACUUGAAGUCGGUGAACGGCUUUAGUCAGUCGAGUCAUUCCAACGCUGCUGGUGUCGAUUCACCACCCAAGGAGAUGUUGGAGCAGAUAUUCACACAUCCUUUCGGGCAGAUUUCGAAUUUCGUCAAAAUCCUGGAGACACUGGCUCAGAAUCAAUCCGAGGAGCCGGCUUCGAAUGAAUUGAAUGAGAAGCUGCUCCUAUGGCAGGAAUUCUCUCGAAAGAGUCGCAUCGACGUUGAACUCGCCGAGCACACUUACGACUUUUGGCUGCGGAAUGAGAAAAACUUGAAGAUUCGCCCGUUUAUGAAGAAGCAUCGUCGAGUCAUCCUUGCGCCCAGCACUGUUCCAUUGAAGUGGUACAGCGGAGUGACCGCCUUGGGGACGAAUUGCUUCAUCCUUUUCUCGGACUGUCUCUGUCAGUAUGGAGGAACUAAUUUGCACACAUAUCCUUUGGUAGCCGUUUGGGUAAAGAAGGAGACUGAGUCAAGGUUGAAGAUCAUCACACCCGAGAAGACAUUCAGUUUGGAGGCGAAAAAUCACGAGGAUAAAGUUCUGUGGUAUGAUCAACUAGAGAGAAGUAUUAUGGCCGCGUUGGGACGUCCCGGUGGCAAGCUAUCGAAUGUCAGAACAACGGCGUACGUCUUCAGUAGCAAGCACCCAAAAUACGCCAAGGUGCAAGCCUAUGGACGCUGGAAGAAUGGAAUAAUGCACGGCAAGUGUUAUCUGGAGUACCCCGAUGGAAAGUUCUACUUUGGAGACGUUCGCAAUGGUGAAAUAGAAGGUCAUGGUAAAAUGGCCAUUCCGUCCGUUGGUGUUUAUGAGGGAAGCUUCAAAGCUGGAAAAUUUCAUGGUCACGGUUGCUUCGAAAUGAACAACAACGAAGUUUAUGAGGGUAACUUCCGAGAUGGCCUCUUCCAUGGUCACGGCUUAUUGCGAACGAAUACGUACACCUAUGUGGGGGACUAUCAGUUCAACGUUAAGUGCGGAUAUGGCAUCCUGGAUGACAUGGUCAGUGGAGACAAGUACAUGGGAAUGUUUGUCGAUAAUAAACGUGUGGGAGCAGGAACCUGCAUCACAAUGACUGGUGAUUACUUUGAGGGCAUCUUUGUGAAUGACGAGUUGAUGGGCCAGGGAAUUGCUGUCUUUGAAAACGACUAUUACUUCGAAGGAGAGCUCACGAUGCGUGGCCCAGCUGGGAAGGGGACGUACUAUAUGCCUAAUGGAACAAUAGAUGAGGACGAGGAGGAAAACGUCAGUUGUAAUAUGAUUGGAAAUGUUAUUAGUGGCCAUCUAAGUGGGACAUGGAACGAUGUUCGUGUUAUAUCUGGAUCGGUUGCAAUCAACCGAAAGUUUCCAAAAUUUCCCAAGUCAAUAGGAGAACUAGUAGUAGAUAAUUCCCGGAAAUGGCGAAGCCUUUUCGAUAAUUUUGAGGAGCAUGUUUUUGGGCCGAGUGAUGCUUCCGCUUCUCCGAAAUAUCUUUGGAAUCGCAUAGCAGUAUUCAUGACAAAUGAGAAGAACCGUGAGAAAAACAAGGAUUUGGAUAAUAUCCCCUCUUCGACGCAUUACUUUGCAAAAAACAUAUCAAUGGGCUAUUCCUCAAGUUUGGAUAAGAUAAGCCUCAAGUCCAUGAACAGUUUAUUGGUGCCGUCGCGCAAAGCCAGUUACCUUGAUCUCACAGACGAAUCACAACCAAAGAAGUACCACAGUCAGGAGACUCUGAACGAUAGCUGGGAUUAUCUUCCAAAUGAGAUCUCAUUUAACGAGGAGAACAUCCUAAGCAGCAGUUUGCUGAACGCCCAACUCGAGUGCUGGGCAACUGAUUCAAUUAACUCAACGAGUACACGCAGUUCUAUCGAUAGCACUGCCAAUUCGGGUUUGAAUCUGUCAAAUGGCUUGGAAUUCGUUCCGAGUUUUGGUGUGAAUUCGCUGACAGAAGAGGAUGUGGCUUCGAUGAAGGAGUACUUGGGACAGGCGUUCAAGGAUCCACAUCACCCAUUGCAUUUUUUGAACCAGAAGAUCGCUAAUUGUUUUUACACUUCGUACGGCUGCUGGAAGGUGAAACCCACACCGAUUUUGGCGAAGCAAGCGAUGCAAGAAUGGGAAGCCAUCUCGAAGAGGGUGUAUGGCAUCGUGAGAAGACUGUUCCCAGCUCUACCAGAGGAUUAUUGUUCCAUUGAGGGAUCUAGAGAGGUUAUUUCUCAUAUCAGUUUGCUCUACCCAAUUGUCCUGUCCGAGGGAAUCCACUCGACUUUGUUUGUGCUCUAUGCAAACAAGUACAGCCGCAAGGACGAACAGUAUCGACAGAAUUUGACUUUUGUCGAUAAGCUGUCCGAUAAGGAACUUGCAAGGAUUUUGUCGUUAGAUGAGUCGAAUCUCGUUGUCGUAUCAAAUACAUACUUCCACGAUGCUAUAGCUAUGCUCAAACAAGUACAAGAAAAGUACAGUCCCAAAGCCAUGUUGAAUGUUAUAGAACGGGCUUUUGAACUUAUAACAGAAGCCCACAAGUGCGCUGCGAUGGAAAACUCUGUGAUAUUAGGGGCAGACAGUAUGAUGCCGUUGGCAUUGUUUUUGGUCCUUCGAGCGGGAGUGCCUCAUUUAGGAGCAGAACUGGCGCUAUUGGAUGAUCUAACUGGGGGUUCAAAUUUCGAAUCAGAAAUGUCUGGUUUAGCAGGUUACUGCUACACAACAAUUAAGGCGGCAUAUGAACACAUCACAUCGAACCUCCUAUCAAAGUCGUAGUAACAAUAACAAAUGCAAAGAUUGCCUAACCAAAUGAAUGUUUUGCGGACACAUUUAAUAGCGAACGAUCUUCAACAUUCCUGUUGCUUAUUUUCUAAGAAAGAGAGAAAUCUAUACAAAUAAUUAAUAUAUUUUGAAAAGACAGAAAUAUUUAUAUGUAUUGUAAAUAAAGUAAUUAUUGUUGGUAUUCGUGAUAAGUGCAAAAAUUAUGUUAUUAAUAUUAUUUUCAAAUUUUAUUUUAUUUUCUUUUAACUCUGGGCGACAAAAAACGCAUAGAGUUUAGUGGCAAUAAACAAAUAAUUAUAUUAAAAUAUUUACGAUAAACCGUAAACAAAAUCGUAGUUAAAAUAA